AUAAAGCUUCCACCCAUCGGUCAAGUUGCCAAGUUAAGCGGGAGAAGCUCCACAAAUGAAACCAACGCUCAGGUGUCUUGUCCAGAUCAGAAUGAGGACACUCAUCGGGCUGCUCUGCCUUCUUGAAGUCUCCUCGGCACUACCGAUCCUGCAAAAUGGAAGAGUGAUUGGCAGCGCCAGUGCAGAGAUGAUACAACCUUAUGGCUAUCAUGGACUAAUGAACACACCUCAGACUCCUCAGAUGCCACCAUUCAGCCCACUGGAGUCACCUAUGCAGAUGUUUGCACCCCCAGCCUACUUCCAGGAGCCAUUCCCUCAGUCCUCAGUCCCUCUACUAUACAGACACCCUCAGUUCAUCAACGUUGAUCCCAUUUAUGGAAAUGUGCCUUUGACACCCCAGUCCCCUCUGCAGCCGAUGACUCCAGAUCAGCAGCCUCAGCCUUCAGCGCCUCUCAAUUACAUCCCCGCACCUCUGCCCCCCCAACAGCAGCAAACUUCAUAUCACCCAGCACUACAACUCCUCACCCCGAUGGCUGACACGGAUGUGCCACAACAGGUGUACGCCAUUUUCAUCCAGCCACAAAUUGUGGGCUCAGCAAGUUCAGAGGAGGCACAGCAGCAGCGUCCUCCUAUCAUCACCGGCUUCUACCUGCCACUGAGCCCAGGAAGUGCAGGGAUGGGCAUGAGCCCGGUCCAGCCUGAGCUUGAAGUGCCACUCCCUGAAGGAAUUCUACCACAGCCAGCCAACCCCACAUCUCCAGAUGGCACCACGGCCACAGAGGUAAUGCCUGCCCAUCAAGGAAGCACCCCGCCUGAACACACUGGCACCGUUCCCAUCCCUGUAGGAAAUGAAAUGCCACAGGCUGGCACGGGGCUGGCUGGCAUGCAGGGAAAUGCAGCAACUCCUGCAGCAAAGGCGUCCCAUGACAGGGGUGCUGUGCCAUCUUGUGGUAAAGGGGCAAAGCCAUCGGGGGUCAAGAAAGCGUCCACACCCCCUCCAACUGAAGUGACUUUUGUUGAGCCAACAAAUGCAGCAUUUACAGAGCUGAAAAGCCUAUGGCAAGAUGGCAGGGCAAUCAGAACAGGUGUGCCAGCGGGCACCCGAAACAAGAGUGCAGUCCACCGAGGUGACCUCAGUUAACGGGACAUCAAGCCAACUUAAAGGAGUCCACGUGAGGGCCUGGAGAAGGAGGAGAAGGUGGAGAUGAAGCACUGGGACCAGUAGGUGGCAGCAGAGGGUUUCUCUGGAGGGAGGAAUGGGCAUCAGAAUCAGGACGCGGGCAGCCACACUUACUGUAUAACUUAUCUCACUUAUGUCGAUUUAUUUCAAUAUUUAAUCACAUUGGUAACAGGAGACGAAUUCCACCCACAAUCAGGACUAGCAGAAAUGUACCCCUCCGUGUGUGCCCAUGCCAGUCUUGUGUUUAUAUCCUGGAGUUGAACUCAAAUCUGACAGUUUCUGUUUCUCCUCCAUGUUCAUU